AUGUAUUAUAAAUUAAGACUACAAAAAGAAAAGAAUCAAACCAGUUAUGAAACCCAGCUCGAACUUAGUCCUAACAACCCUUACACUCAAGUUCAGGCUAAACCUAACUCACAACCUACAAUUCUAAAAGAGAAAGAUGCUACUUCUGCAAUGGAAAUGGUUGCUGAAGAAGAAAACCUUUCAAAACAAAAUUGCUCUGCUGAAAAAGCAAAAGAUAAUUUCUCAGAUCUGAAUUAA